UGGAUAUGACAGAUUCAUCAUCAAACCACGCGGACAAUUUAGUCCUUUGUAAAGAGAAUUUUGCUGAAAACAAUUUAAGUCCUGGCAUCAAAACAGAAAAGUUUGCAGAAUACAAACCGUUCAGGUGCCAUGUGUGUAAAGAAGAGUUUUCAAAUAUUGAAGAAAUGCAGACCCAUUCAAAGUCUCACCCAGCAUAUAAACCCUAUAAAUGUAAUUUGUGUGAAAGAUCAUUUACAACCAGUUCUAUAAAACAACAGCAUAUGUGGACUCAUUCAGAGGAGCGUCCAUACAAACGUCCAAACAAACGUCCAUACAAACAUCCAUACAAACGUCCAUACAAAUGUCAAGUGUGUGAAAGAUCAUUUGCAACCAGUUCUGUAAUACGACAGCAUAUGUUGACUCAUUCAGUAGAACGUCCAUACAAAUGUCAAGUGUGUGGGAAAGGAUUCCUUUGGCCCAGGGACUGUCAAGCACACAUGGUAGUACACUCUGAUGACAAACCUAUUUUCUCCUGCAAAAUCUGUAGGAAAGUGUGCAGGCAUAGGGCAAGUCUUAAUCGUCAUAUGAAUCUACACACCGGGGAACAUUCAUGUGAUGUGUGCGGAAAAACGUUUGCGGAAUUAUACAAUCUGAAGACACAUUCUUAUAUCCACACAGGGGAAAGACCAUUUGAAUGCGGACAUUGUGGAAAAGGUUUCACUUGUGCAUCCAACUUGCGGGGUCACAUGAAAAGACACUCAAAGGCUAAAAAGACUUAAAGGACACAGUUUCGACUGAAAUUUGUUCUACCAAUUUUUAUGCCCCACCAUGAAUAUGGCCGGGGCAUAUAGUGUUUGUCAUGUCUGUCUUCCGUCCUUCCGUCACACUUUGCGUUUAGCUCUGUUCAAAGCUAUUAAGUUUCAAAUAAACUGUCCAAGAUCUUUUCAUCAAGCUUCAUAUGCUGAUAGGUAUUGAUGAGCUAUGCAUCAACAUUUUUUGACAUUGACCUUUCCUUUGACCUUUACCUCACUUUUCUUGAAUUAGUGUUUUGCUCAGUCUUAAACAUACCAUUUAAGAUGGUCUUAUCAAACUUCACAUGUUGAUACAUACUUAUGAGAGCUAUUCAACUGCAUCAACAUUUUUUACCUUGACCUUUCCUUUGACCUUGACCUCACUUUUCCUAAAUCAGUGUCAAACUUCAUAUGCUGAUACAUACUGAUGUAAGCAAUUCAACUGCAUCAACAAUUUUGUCCUUGAUCUUUUAUUUGACCUUGACCUCACUUUUAUCAUAUUGUGUUUAAGUCAGUUUUAAUAUUAAAGACAUCAUUUCUAGAUAUUUUUAUCAAAAUUCAUAUGUUGAUACAUUUUGAAGAGAGAUAUGCAAUUGCAUCAACAUUUCUGACCUUGACCUUUCCUUUGACCUCACUUUUCACAAAUCAGUGUCAAACUUCAUAUGCUGAUACAUACUCAUGUAAGCAAUUCAACUGCUUCAACAAUUUUGACCUUGACCCUUUUGACCUUCACCUCAUUUUAUCAAAUUGUGUUUAAGUCAGUUUUAAUUAAAGGCAACAUUUCUAGACAUUUUUUAUCAAACUUCAUAAUUAUGUUGAUACAUAUUUGAUGAGAGAUGUGCAACUGUAUCAACAUUUUUGGCCUUGACCUCUCUUUUGACCUUGACCUCACUUUUCCUUAAUUAGUGUCAAAUGUCAUAGACUGAUAUAUAUUAAGGUAAGCAUUUCAAGUGUAUCAUUUUUACCUUGACCUUUCAUUUGACCUUGUCCUCACUUUUAUCCAUUUGUGUUUAAGUCAGUUUUGAAGAAAACAUUUAUAAUAUUUUUUCAACUUCAUAUGGUGAAACAUACUGAUGAGAGCUUUUCAACUGCAUCAACAGUUUUUGACCUUGGCAUUUCGUUCGGCCUUGUAAGCAAUUCAACUGCAUCACUAUUCAAGAUAUUCUGAUCAAAUUUUAUACACAUACAAAUUUUCAUGUUGCUUUACUUAUAUAGCCUCGGUGGGGCAUUCAUGUCCUAUGGACAUAUUUCUAGUUAUUUUUACAAUUCCUCACUAAAGCCAUUCUAAUGAUCAGCAAAUUUUGAACAUCAUUUGUUGAAUUUACAAGGGAGAUACAGGACUGAGAAUUCUUCAUAAAGUAAACAAGGCUUGUGCCUUGUUUUUGUUUAUAUUUAAAAAUUUCAUGUUUAUAACAAAACAAGAUUCAGCAAAUCAUUAGAAAAUGUCUAAUUGUAUUUAGAAUUAACCCCUUUAUCAUGUUUAUUGAGAAAAUCUGCUUUUAUCAGCAUGUUUAGCCUAUGUAAACAAAAACAUGGCUCUGGCUUUGUUUACAUAACAAAGGUUUGGACAUCUAAAUCUGUCUUGUAACUCGACAACUGAAAUUCAAAAAGUUAAUGAUCAUUAGAAACACCUUUGUUAAGUAAAUUUGUAUUUGUAAACAUAAAAAAAGGUAUGAAAAUUUUUGGCUGAAACUGUGUCCAGGCCCCUUUAAACUGGAUUUGAUAGAUCUAAUGAACCAAGUGAAAAUGACAAUAAAACUUAUACCAGUAUAUACAUGUACAUACCAGACAUUUUAUGGGGAGUGUUUAUCAUGUUUAUACUAUCAUCAGAUUUGUAAGUUAAUGUUCUGUGAAGUCACUAUGAGGAAAAUAUCAAGCCCUUUGCAAAUCUUAAUUACAGCAAAGGUUUCACAAAUCUGUGUACAUGAUUUAGGCUUUAUACAAACAUGCAUAACACAUUCACAAAAGUAAUACAUGUUCUUACAACAUGUACACGUUAUAAUGUGUCAGGUUUGUGAUUUUUGUGGAGAAUUUUUCAAACAGGAACCCAAUCUGCAAGAGCAUCUAAGAAUUUAUGAAGAGGAAUCCCAGUUAAGUGCACUUUUUGUGCAGUGAUAUUUAAAAGUUAAAGGCAAAAAUUUGAUGCAGAAGCAUAUAAAAUUGAAUUUGUCAACAGGAUCUGAUUUAUUCAAUGAUCUGUCAGUCAAAAAUCUCAAUACCAUGUAGUCUGUCUGAUAUGCACAUUGUGAAGUAGUCCAUCAUAUGUUGAUUCAUGUAUUCUUCAUGUUUUUGUUUCAUUAUUUUU